CAAAUUGUAUAACCUAGAUGAAACGGACAAAUUCCUAGAGACACAAAACCUACCAAGACGGAAUCACAAAGAAAUCUAAAUAGAUCUUUAACUAGUAAGGAGAUUGAAUCAGUAAUCAAAAUCCCGCUGACAAAGAAAAGCCCUGGACCAGAUGGCUUCACUGGUGAAUUCUACCAAACAUUUAAAGAAGAAUUAAAACCAAUCCUCAAACUGUCUCCCAGAGAGGAGUUAGGCUUAAGCCACACAGUCCUGGAUCCUUGACCAGCGGCAGACCUCCUGAGCUGGGUGGCCUGCCAGUGCGCAACCCAGAAGGCAGGAUGCCCAGUUGGAUGCUGGUGGCCCACAGGGAGCGCACCUGCAAGGUCCUCUCCCCAUCUCCCCGAGGACCCAAUUUCCACAGUGCAAGACGGCUGCCUCCAUAUAACUGUCACAGGAGCCCAAGAACCUCCAGAUGUGGGUCCUGGCGACCUAAACAUGAGGAGACACGGAUACGCCUGAGGGGUGGGGGCUGGGCAGUGGGAAACCAAGGCAGAAGGGCAUGCCUAGGAGCGGGGAAGCUGUGACUCAGAAGCCACCCCAGGCCCGCCCACACCGGGCCUGCAGAGGGGUCAGCACUCCUCAGGUCAGGUCCCCAUGUGCAUUUUCCAGGGUGGCUUCAUCUGAUUGGUCUAGCCUGGCUGGUGCCCAUCCGUUGGCCAGGUGAAGAAAGGAUCAGUCCCACAACCACCGUUUGUGGUUAUUCCCCAAGGCAAAACCUCCAGUGUUCUAGUGAAAAAGAAAGGAAAUGGAUGCAGAGAAGUAACACCCAGCAGACGGAGGCCCCAGGAGGGGUGGGCUUGGGUCUAGAUCUCGGAUCUGGGCUGGGAAGGAGACUCGGCCACGGAGUGGGGAUCCUCUGUGCUCCCACAGGCCGAAUGCAAUGCCCAGAGGGGCUGGCUAGGCCCCAGGAGGGGCCACUGUGACCGCCAGUCAGCCAGUGCGUGCUUCUCUCCUCAUAUCCUGGGCACCGCUGGCACACCUCAGGAGUCUGAUGGCGUCCCCUUGACGCUGUGGCUUGGGGACCCCAGCAUCAUUGCUGGGCAAGAACAGUGCCUGGGACUCAGACACCUGUGUGAACUGGGCUUCUGCCUUGUACUCUGAGCCUGUUUCCUCAUCUGUGAGAUGGGAAGGCUAAGGGAGGAGAUGGGGUGGUCAGGCAGGGAGGAGUGGCCCUGUCAGCCUUCCCAGGCCGGGUUCCCGGGCCUUUCCCCAGCUCCUCCCUCUCACUGAUUCUGCCACUCUAAUGCCUAGUAUGUCAGCUGCUUCUCACCCCCGCUGUUUGCACUAUUCAUUUCAGGCUUCACUGCUUCUCACCUGCAUCACUUGAAUGCCACACAUCUUGACCGAGAACCCAUUAUGGGUGUGCAAGGCAGGCAUGCCCCGGACACUGAGCGCCUCUGACAUGGUCACCCCGAGCAGCCCUGGCCCACCCCCCACUAAGCCCACAGAUGGCGAGCAAGCCAGUCAGCCCCUCCUGGAUGGGGCUCCAUCCUCAGCCUCCCUGGACACCCUGAUCCAGCACCUGGUGCCCACAGCCGACUACUACCCCGAGAAAGCCUACAUCUUCACCUUCCUGCUGAGCUCCCGCCUCUUCAUCGAGCCCCGGGAGCUCCUGGCCCGGGUCUGCCACCUGUGUAUUGAGCAGCAGCAGCUGGACAAGCCGGUGCUGGACAAGGCCCGGGUCCGGAAGUUUGGCCCCAAACUGCUUCAGUUGUUGGCCGAGUGGACAGAGACCUUCCCGCGGGACUUCCAGGAGGAGUCGACCAUCGGGCACGUGAAGGACGUGGUGGGCCGCAUCGCCCCCUGUGACGAGGCCUACAGAAGGAAAAUGCACCAGCUCCUGCAGGCUCUGCACCAGAAGCUGGCAGCUCUGGGCCAGGGGCCGGAAAGCCUGCUGGGUGCCGACAAGCCCAUCGCCUACAGGACCAAACCACCAGCCUCCAUCCAUAGGGAGCUCCUCGCCGUCUGUAGUGACCCCUACAUGUUGGCCCAGCAGCUGACCCACGUGGAGCUGGAACGGCUGCGACACAUCGGGCCUGAAGAGUUUGUCCAGGCUUUUGUGAACAAGGACCCUCUGGCCAGCACAAAGGUAGAAGGCCCUUCAACAGGCUGUCCCCACAGUGACCCACUGACCCCUCUGGGGGAUCACCCGAAGCCCGGGAUCGUCAUUCCCUUCUUCAGCCUGCUCAUCAAAGACAUCUACUUCCUGAACGAGGGCUGUGCCAACCGUCUCCCCAAUGGACACAUCAACUUUGAGGUAGGGUCCAGGGCCCAGGGAGUGUGCCACCAAGUUAGACCCAUCAUCACUGAGGCUCAGGUGCUCUGUCCCCAGCCGGCCAAGAAGAAGCGGCGGGCCCAGGUCAUUGAGUUCUUCAUCGACGUGGCCCGCGAGUGCUUCAACAUUGGCAACUUCAACUCCCUCAUGGCCAUCAUCUCUGGCAUGAACAUGAGUCCUGUCUCCAGGCUGAAGAAGACCUGGGCCAAAGUGAAGACGGCCAAGUUUUUCAUCCUCGAGCACCAGAUGGACCCAACAGGGAAUUUCUGCAACUACAGGACAGCGCUGCGCGGGGCAGCCCACCGCUCCCUGACUGCCCACAGCAGCCGGGAGAAGAAAUUUCUGGAGUUGGCCAAGCAGGUUGGAGAGUUUAUCACAUGGAAACAAGUGGAGUGUCCCUUCGAGCAAGACCCCAGCAUCACCCACUACCUGUACACGACCCCUGUCUUCAGUGAGGACGGUAAGGUAGCCCCAGGCCUCACUGACCCCCAGGCCAUGGGACUCUUGUGCACCCUCUUAGUAAUGUUGCCAUUAAGGGCCCCUGCUUUGAGUACGACACACCAUGCCCACGUUUGCUGGCUUGGGGAGGGAGCAGACAAGGCUGCAUCCCCCUGCCGGUUGGUUGUCACCCCCGGAGCACUGGACAGGGCCUGGGGAACUGCAGGUUGGGCCUGCCAGGACCAAGCUUCCCCUGGACACAGUUUGGAAGGGGUUGGGUAUCGUAAAUCUGGACCACCUUCUGUCCGACCCCACUUUCCUCUUCAGAAAAGUGGGGAUGAUGAUAAGAACUUCCCUCCCGGGGUUCAUGUGGGGAUGUCCUUCCAGCUGGUGUGUGUGUGUGCAUGUGUGUGUAACACACACCAGUGUCAGAUGAGACAGCUACGGAGUACUGUAAAUAUCUGUUCCCUCCAGAAAUCAGCGUUCCCACCUGGUCACUUGUCAGAUAUAAGAAAUUUGCUGGCGAAUUGCUAAGUGAGCGAAUUCCAGGAGCCCCUUCCUCCAGGAAGAGAAAGUGUUGAAGUAGCAGGUGGUCAUCUGGGUCUGAGUUGAUGCUCACUGUUGGGUGGUGUGGCCCCAGGUUAGCUGCCCCUGGAUCCAGCACCCUCAAAUCACCCCGGGAGACUCCUGCUCAGCACAGAGGAAGCCUGGCUUCUUGUCACAGCCAGCAUUUUACAAAGGGAACACACUCAGGGACAGGAGAACAUGUUCUGCCCAAAACAAAACAAAAUCAGAGGAAAGGAGUUUUUAAUGAUUUUGCUUUCUAAUUUUUAAUACUUUCAACUUUACCACUUUAUUUUUUAUUUUUGGAGCUAGUAACUUUUUGGAGGCGGUCUCAUCAGUAUCUGGAGUCCCUCUCUGCAACAAGCUCAGCAGCCUGAUGGGUAAACCAGCCUGGGCCACUCCCACCCCAGCAAGCUGUGUGACCCUGGGCAGGUAUCUCACCCUCUCUGAGACUCCCCUGCUACAUGUAUACAGUGGGGUAAUGAGACAGCCUACUUCCCAGGGUUGAAGUGAGAAUUAUUCGAGUUGGCAAAGCCCAUAGAACUACACUCAAUCAAUACUAGUUGUAUUAAUGCUGAAACAAUUCACUACAAAUUUGGUGGCUCAAAAUAACACAAAUUUAUCCUCUUACAGUUAUGGAGGUUAGAAUCCAAAAUCAGUCUCACUGGGCUAAAAUCAAGGUGUCGGCAGAGCUGGUUAUCUGAGGGAAGAAUCAUUUCCUGGCCUUUUACAACUUCUAGGGUUGCCUGUAUUCCUGGGCUCAUGGCCCCUUCCUCCACCCACAUGCAAAGUGCAUCACUCCAACCUCUGCUUCCAUCAUCACAUCAUCUUCCCUCUUCUGUGGUCAAGUCUCCCUCUGUAUCACUCUUAGGACAAUUGAGAUAGCAUUUACAGCCACCUGGAUAAUCUCCCAUCCCCAGAUUCUUAACUUAACCACAUCUGAAAAGUCCCUUUUUGCCGUAGAAGGUAACUUAUUCACAGGCCCUGGGGAUUAGGAUCUGGAUAUCUCUGGGAGCCAUUACUCAACCUACCACACCAGUAAUUACAGUGAUUGUUGUCAUUAGCCAAUAGAAAUUGGGCAAUAAAAUGCAUCAAGGGCACAUUAGGAAAGAGGUAGGGGGAGUCUAUGGGCAGGGAAGAGAAUGAGGGGGGCAUUUCGUUCACUCCUUCAGCCAACAGUAUUUCUAGAGAGACUGCUGUGUGCCAUUUGGCCAUGAACAUAUAGAUAAAACCCUGCCCCUUCUGAAGCACGCUUAGAGGGGAGCACCUUCCAUUUGACCCUCUCUUCUUUCUGUUCCUGCACCCUGCCACCCCCACUCCCCACCCCCCCGCAAAAAAAAAAAGA